GAAGUGAUGUAAGAGAUGGAGGGAGGGGGAAAACCGAGAGAAGUGCGGAGAGGGAGAGAGACAGAGAGGAGCAGGAGCUCUGAGAGUGUCCUCAGCUUCGGAGAGCCUGACAGGAAGCAAGUCCCCGGCGGGGAUCCCAACAGAGAGCAACUUUGACUGCCAUCGCGGCGGAGCGUUUUCAGCACCUUGGACAGCGCCGCACGUCUGGCUCAGCCCGGGGAGCGCGCGCAGAGCCCGGCGUGGAAAUGUGCGCUUCUGACUGCGUCGCAAUGAGCUCGAGUGUGUCCACUGCAUAGUAACAGCAGAGAAUGUCCUUGACAACUGUGUGCACAGAGUUGUAAUGAGCAUGACUGCUGCGCAGGACACAGAGCAAGCGGGGGGCGGCUCGGCGGCCACACAGGACUGAGCUCCUUUCCCUCUUUGACCACGCGUAAAGUGUCUGCCAACUCCGCUAAACUUGAGGUUUUUCCGCGCCACCAUGGGGAUUAGCCACCUUUUGCUGCUGCUCAUAUAUCUGGAUCCGCUGUGCGUCUUGAGCACCGCGACGGGGGGCAAGAAACCCAAACAAGCCCCCAGAAAGGCUCCCAAAGCCACCGCGGUGCCUACCGUCACCACGCAGAAGCCCCCGCCUCCCAGCAACCACGACACCUGCCUGGGGUACUACGACGUGAGCGGCCAGUACGACAAGAGUUUCGAGUGCAACAACACGAACCACCGGUACUGCUGCGGGACGUGCUACCUGCGCUUCUGCUGCGAGUACAAGAAGAACCAACUGGACCAAAUUUCCUGCAACAACUACAACAAACCCCCCUGGGUGCAGACGGCCGCCCCGUCGCCCAUCCCGACCGAGGUCUACGACCCGAGCAUGGAUCAGACAAACACCGCGGUCUACAUCACCUGCGGGAUCAUAGCCUUCAUCAUCGUACUCGGAGUGUCCGUCAAAGUGGCGUACGACAAAGCCACGGAGCCCCCCCAGGAGAUGAACAUUCACAGAGCCCUCGCAGACAUUCUGAGGCAGCAGGGGCCCAUUCCCAUUUCACAAUACGACUGUGAGAACUUUGCAGCGAUGAACGGCUCACCCAAAGAUAACACGCCGGUCAGAACCUCAUCUAAGAACCACUACACCCCCGUCCACUCUUCCAAAUCCAACCACGGUCUCCACUAUGGAAAAGAGAGCGUCCGGAGCAGCGGAGGCGGCGACCUUCACAACUUCAUCUCCUCUGGCUUUGUGACCCUGGGUCGAGGUCAUCAGAAAGGAGAAAAACAUUGGCCGGUCCGCUCCCAGAGUCACCAUGGUACCCAUCAGCACAGCUAUAACCAUGUGGCUUUAGGUAGCCCUUCACGCACACCUAAGAAUGCUCACCGGUCAUUGAGGCACGAAAACAAUCGGAUAAGCAGCAUCCUGACCUCGCAGACGGAACCCUACGACCUGUCUUUCUCUCGCUCCUUCCAGAGCCUGUCACACCUGCCUCCCUCCUACGAGGCGGCCGUCAAAGCCGACCUCAACCGCUUCUCCUCCCUGAAGAAACUCACUGCAGAUAAAGAAGUGGAAGAGUACUACAGCCGAAAGCGCCACCUGCCUGACCUGGCAGCAAGAAGCACCCUGCCAUUGCACGUCCUCAAAAUAGGUCAAGAACAGCAUCGGGAGCCGCAGCAGCUGCAGCUGCAGAGCCAGCCGUCACAGUCCUCCCAGGCCCCCUCCCAGUCUCAGUCUUCGCAGCAGCAGGCUCAGCAGAGGCAGAGGCCCCGUCGCGUCCAGAGGGCCAUGUCCCAGGAUCGCGUUCUGGCCCCACAGAACACCCCGCACCAAGAGUACAGCAACGAAAUGUCUCCAUACGGAGGCCGGAUUCUCUCUGAUGAGCAGCUGCUGUCUGCCGAACGUCUUCGAUCCCAGGAGCGCCUCCUGCCACAAGACCGCCACACCUCUCAGGAUCGCUUGUACUCCAAGGAUCGCAUGCACUCAAAGGACCGACUCUUUUCGCAAGACCACCUGUACUCAAAAGAUCGACAUUAUUCACAAGAACGCCUCUAUUCACAAGAUCGCCUGUACUCACAAGACCGCCUCCUGUCCCAGGAUCCUCUGCUCUCACCAGACAAGUUUGUGAUGUCACUAAAGCGUGGCAUGGUCAGCAGCAUCUCUGGCGGCUUUCGAGGCAGUGACAAGUCCAUGUCGCGUGCAAUCUCACACACAGAUGUCUUUAUCCCGACCACUCCUCUGAUGGAUCGCUACAAGAUGACCAAAAUGCACUCUCAUCCCAGUGCCUCUAACAAUGGUGGCGGCAGCAGUGGCGGAAGUGGCGGGGCAGCGGGGGCAGGAGCAGCCGUCCAUUCCAACACUCUGGCCAUGAACCACACUUCAAACAAGAGGCAGGCGUUUGCCUCCAGACGAACUCACACUGUGGAGCAGCUUCACUAUGUCCCACAGCACCACCAGCUGCAGCAGCAGCAGCAGCAGCAGCAGCAGCAGCAGCAGCCACAGCACUACCGCACAGGCAGCAAAACAGAAGUGACGGUCUAAGAACCAGCUGGACUCUGAGCUGCGCUGGAAAGGAGCCAUCUCAUGUGCCAAGAGGUGGAAAUGACUGUGGUACAAGGUGCAUUGGCCAUUUUUAAGAGUAAAAUCCUCAUGUCAUUAUCUUUGACUGAAGUUUUUUUGCAAAGUCAAACAUUGAAGAACCAAGAUCAUCCACUAGCCAACUGUGAGACCGGAAAAUUGAGCUCCACUGUACACUACACACACAGGCCCCUCAAGAUGUGAAGCCAGAGUGGGUUGUGGAUGGGUUGUGGGGGACAUUUAAUCUUAUCAAGCUGCAGUCAUCUCCAAACGCCUGUAACCCUUCCUUGAAUCUUUUAUUGUUUCACAUUUUAUGAAAAAAUAAGGAUUCAUGGUAAAUGUCAGAGCAUAAACUGCCUCUGACAAGCAAAAACAUUUAAAAUCCUUUCCAACCAGUUGAUAAGCAAACACUUCAAUCAUCCAACUAUUCAGAAGAGGUAGAAAUUCAGAAUGUCAGUAAAUCAUGACAGAAACGUGAGAUGAAGACUAAAAAGACUUGGCAUGUUUAGAUGAUUAAUGAAGGAAACUAUAAGCUUUACAUUUUUUCUGGAUC